GAAUCGCCCUUCAAAACAAUACUUUUGACCACUACUAUAAAUGCUGAAUCAGUGUACAGUGAUCUACCUAUUCCAGAAUCCAAGAACUCAAGAGUCUCGUACUAACACAAGUAAACAUGGAUAUUGCACAAGCCUUCUGCGUCAUUGACGAGACAUUCCACACAGUCUGUGGUCACAUCAUCACUACAAUCAAUCAUGUAAGCGGUGAUUGCCCAAAUUUUAAUGAGAACCCUUACCUCGAGGAUUAUCGUCUCACCUUCUGUCAAAACUUUCACAUCAAUCAAGCCAUAGUCCUCAACUCAUCUUGUAAGUUCUGCUUGAAUCCCGAGGUUGAAGCUUCUUACAACGAAUGGAGAUCUGAAGCGGAAGCAAUUUUACAAGCCGAGAUCCAAGCUCGUCGGGAGUUUUGGACACGAUACACCGAGAUACAAAGAAUUUUGUUCGCAAGACAGGCGGCAUUAGAACUCGAUGCCGUGAUCGCUUCGGAAGCCUACCAGGUAGGGGUGCAGUUGCAUAAUGAAAGUGCAGAUGAAUUGACCGAAGAGAUACUCGAGGGGUUGGCUUUGAAUUUCAUCAGACGUAACAGAAUCCGAGGCUGGUACGUCGCGCAACAAACUUACCACCUCGGACAGAUCAGAAGCGGCAUCCCGAAUGCUGAGCUUGAUCAUUUAUUUGAUGAAGCAGAUCCCAAUCCCGAAAUUCUCGCACCAGUUCUCCCAGAGGAUGUCCCAGACGACGAGAUCUGCGGUAUCUGCCGGGUAUCCUUAGAUAAUCGUGAAGUCGGUGGGCUCACAAGUCUUCGUCGGGUCUUCUGCGGCUUUCACAUUUUCCAUCUCAAUUGCAUUCUUCCCUGGUUCCGAGAAGGAGACCCGGAUACCGUCACAUGUCCUGCUUGCAGGGCCUCGAGAAAUGUCAUCACCCCGCCAGACUUUGAGUAGGAAAGUUCUCAACAGUCGGUUCCUCUAGUAGUCAGAUAAGUCAUUCCCUUCCAAUUCACAAAUUUAACAUCAUACAUAUUAUCCA